AUGGUGGAGGUGCGAGCGCAAGGCUCACAAUCAUUUGGCGAGCGCUUUGGCGAGCACUCCGCAUGGGGUGACAAAUCGCUUGUAGAGCACUCUGCACAACCGCUUGGCAGCGAGAGCCUCAUGUGCAAGAAGUACAGCUCCUCCGCCAACUUUGACAGACAUCUUCGAACGAUCCAUCCUCUGGAAGCAGAUGAAUGGUUGGGAAACCAAUAUUCGCUCCUGGAGCACGAUCAACCUGCGGAGACUCCCGACUACACUGAUGAAAGCCCAGAGAGCAUUCCCGACUGCUAUUCAGACACGCAUUACGCUUCGGAGUCGGAUAGUUUUGACCAAGUUUCUGGUAACAAUUCGGACAUAGAAUCUGAAUCAUAUUUCGUGAUGGAAGAGGCAGACGGCGAUUUAAAUGGACAUAAGGCAUCUACAACAGUUUAUGAGGGUGCUGGGGAACCACUUUACCGCUUGUCAGCAUACGAGUUCAGAAUGGCAAGGUAUUUCGUACUGUCCAAAACCUUCCAGGGAAACAUCGACAGCUUCUUUCUACACGCUCCGCCAAGCAGUGACGAGUGCUCCUCCAGCACUGGGCGAGGUUGUAUCAAGAGGCUGGAGGAAAUGAAGGACAUAUUGGGAAAGUCGAGCUGGAAUCAUUCGGAGGUGGAUAUUGGGGGGGAGAAGAUCUCUUACUACUACCGGGAUCCAAUGGUAGUCGUCCGAUAUCUUUUGGGGCAACGUGCCUUCCGGGAGUCAUUGGUGUACUCGCCGGUAGUGGAGCAUAAUGAAUUUGGCUAG